AUGGACAUUGAAAAUUCAAAUAAUAAUUCUAUAGUAGAAUCAAGUCCACCAAAACGAAAAUUAGAUAAUUCUAAUUUUAAUUCAUCCAAAAAAACAAAAGUAAAUGAGGAUUCGUCUGAAUGUAAGACAGUUUUUGUGGGAAAUCUCUCAUUCAAUGUUGAUGUUAACUGGUUACGCCAAGAAUUCGAAGAAGCUGGUGAAAUUGCUGAUGUUCGUAUUAUUUAUGAUAAGGACACUGGCAAAUCGAGAGGGUUUGGUUAUGUAGAAUUUGCUACUGCCGAAGGUGCCAAUAAUGCAGUGAAAUUUGCGGGUGGAGAGAUUGAUGGAAGAGCAAUUAAUGUAGAUCUUGCCGAUCAAAAAACCGGUUCCUUCAAGAAAAAGAGUAACUUCUCAAAGGGUACGAGCGAAGUCAGUAACACACUUUUUAUAGGAAAUCUAUCUUUUAAUGUAAUAGAAGACGAAAUCUGGGAAACUUUCGGCAAUUAUGGUCAGAUCGUUGCAGUUAGACUACCAACUCACGAAGACACGGGCAAAUUAAAAGGAUAUGGGUAUGUAGAAUUCGCUGAUACCAAUGCAGCUCAAAAAGCAAUGGAAUUGCAUGGUACUGAAAUAGGUGGGCGAGCCGUUCGCCUUGAUUUUAGUGAGGGAAAAAGAGAUAAUGGUUCAAAUUUUGGAAAUCGCAGAGGGCGUGGCGGCAAUAGCCGUGGAGGUAGCGACAACAGACGUGGAAGAGGUGGAAGAGGUGGAAGAGGUGGCAGAGGUGGCAGAGGUGGUUCUAGCCGUGGCGGAUUCAAUAAGACAGCAGCAGCAAACCGUGGGGCUAUAGUACCUCCACAGGGCAAAAAAAUUACUUUCGAUUAA